AUGGUUGCCAUCCAAGUGGACCGCCUUGAAGUCGUCGAUGGUCCCUUGAAUUCGGAGAAUGCAGCUCUCCUCCGGCCCUCAGAUCCCACAAUGCCCCUCGAAGAACUGAGAAAAAGAUUCGAAGAAGAUGGCUAUCUGUUUCUGAAGCAGAUUCUUCCGCGGAAAGACGUCCUUGAAGCCCGCAACGCAUACUUCUCAUCCCUCAAGUCCACCGGUGUCCUGAAGCCGGGCACCGAGCCCGUAGAGGGCAUUUUCGACCCAGCCAAGACCCAAGAAGAAUACCCCGGAAUUGGAGCUGGGCAGGCCGUUGGAAAUGGAAGACCGGGUGGUGAAAAGGCCGCGGCAUUCGUGGAUCUCGCCCUCGAUGCUCACUACCAGGAAUGGUAUGCCGAGAAGUUCUGCAAGCAUCCCGCUCUGUAUGACUUUAUUGCUCGAUUCUCGGGCUGGAACAAGAACACACUUGGCUUCCGUCGCACGCUGCUCAGAAAUAACAUUCCUGGCUCGAAGCCCAUUGGCGUGCAUUAUGACCAGAUUUUCUUGAGACAUGGUGAUCCAACCAGUAUCACUGCCUGGGUUCCAAUAGGCGACAUCAAGUUAAAUGGCGGGGGGCUGAUAUAUCUCGAGAAUGGUGAUAGCAUCGGGGUUGAGAGGGAGAAAGAGUUUUACAGGACGGCAAAAGAAGCCGGGCUAAGUGAUGAGGAAGCUAAAAAUGCCUUUAAUUCUAAUAUGAUGGCAACGGGCUUGCUUUCGGAAUUCCCGGCGCAAUUUGCUCGGGAUCAUGAUCGGCGUUGGUUGGUCUCGGCCUACGAGGCUGGAGACGUUGUCUUGCAUAAGCCUCAUAUGAUCCAUGCAUCGUGCAUCAACCAUGAUCCCGACAAUGUGAUUCGUCUCGCGACUGAUCUUCGAUUCUGUGACUCGUCGAAGCCAUUUGAUAAGCGGUGGAUGAAUCACUAUACAUUCAAUGACGGAGUUUAG